AUGACCGCGCUAUACGCUCCCUCGGGUGCUGCUCAGAUGUAUUCCCAUCUGCUAAGGAGGUCGCCAUACAACAGAUUAGUGGUUUACCACCAGACACGUCGUCACCUCAUGGGCUUUGUUAGAAAUGCGCUUGGGUUGGAUCCUCCUCCUUCCCCAGACGACCCGACUCCGGAGAACCGAUUCCAUCCAUGGGACCAGUCGCCCUCAGUGGACUUGCGUGAAAGGGCCGCUAAGAUAAGAACGCUAGCACACUGCCCUGUCACGGGCAAAGACAUCAACUAUACAUGUCCUCUUUCAGGGAUUCCAACACAUCACUCACGAGAGGCGUGGGAGAUGGAUAAGACAUAUCAUGACUCCAAGAAAUACGAAAUCUUGAAAAAAGUUAACAUUUACGAACACGACUUGAGAAGCGGUAGACCAUUUCCCGAGUUCGAUUUCCCCCAACAGCAGGGCUAUGACAAGGCCGUCAACCUUACCAACUGGGAUUUGUUCUUUUAUACAAGGUCCUUCUAUUCCAUGGAUACGGAGUUCCAGUUGGCUGCGGUCACCAAGAUGCUAAGUUACCCCAUUACCAUUGGGUCCGUGUUACACAAAUUUUCCCCAUAUUCUUUGAAUCCCAAAGGGCCCAUCACUUUAGAAGGUUUGAAGUCUUUGGCGGCCCUUAGAUAUACUUUAUACCCACUGGAAAAUAGAUCUGUGCUGGCCACUACCAAGAACCGUGCCAUGAGAAUCUUCAUCUUGGGUGCCCGCGCUGAAGCUCAAUUGCCGGGCCACGUUUGGAAGCAACUGCAGUUUCUUUUCCCUGAACAGAAUUUUGAAAUACAUUUCGUUGGACCCGAGUGUCUAUACAAGAGAGAUAAGCAAGAGUAUGUCAAAUCUGCUACACCAGUAGUGCAAAGGGUAGACGAGACGUUGAGGUUUAUUCACCAUACAGAUUUUUUCGAUGUGUUCCACGAGGCUCAAGAUUUCUUCCCAUAUGAUCCAUACAUGGAUGUUUUUUUUACUUUCCAUCCAGGCUACGCAUCCCCAGAAUCUCACGGUUCAUGGAUGGGUGAAACAAUGAGGGCACUGCUAGAAACCAAGUGCGCUAUCUUUACGACGGGUUUCAAUAAGAAAGACCUAAUGGACGAUAUAAACGCGGUCAAAUCCAAAUACGGCAAGGAAAUGGAUAUCCUAAUGGACCCAGUCAGAAACGUAUUUGGAAGUACCAAGUGGGAACUAAACGACAUGAACCCUCAAGAAGUCUAUCAAUUCAACAUGUAUAUUGCCGGGUUCAGAGGUAAAAGGUACCAUACAAUCAAGAGACAGUGA